GGAGAAGCGGUGCUCGCUCGCGGGUGAAAAUAGAAAAGAAUGUUUUUGGAAUCCAAUUGGACUUGGUUGGUCGAACGAUGGGGCAAUAUGGCCGACUUGGCCGAGCGGGUGGACGAUCUGAUAUGCAGUUUCGACUCGGCUGGUGACACAACCAUGGAUACGUUAUCGAUGUUAAUAUUCGGUUGGAUGGUAUUCGGGUUGGUGGUGUUGUGCGUCGGCAAAUACGUAUACAAUCGGUUCGUGUUAAACGGUGCCGUCUACGGGACGAUAAUUGCCGCCAAGGACGGCCAUAUCGUUCACAGUGAUAGCGUCGGUGGUGGUAGUGGUAGUGGUGGUGGUGGUGGUGGUGGUGGUGGUAUCUUUGGCGGCAGCAAGUUGCUUUCGUUGGGAAAACAAAAAACUCCAAGCUCGAGUCCCACGGGUAGUGGUGGUGGUGGAAAGACACCGACAUCGGGCGGUGCAGGUGGUGGUGGUGGCGCCGGUUCCGGUUCCGGUUCCGGAUCGUCGUUGAUUGGUGCCGCUCAUCCGUCCGGUAGCGUCGCUACACCGUCUGGAAUCGGUGGUGGUUCACCACAAUCCUACGUUCCACCGACUCCACCCGUUCGUAAACGGUUGACCGCCAGGAAAACUUCCGGUGCGCUGAUCAGCCCCGCAAGAAGCUCCAGAAGCUUGCAUCUGCCCACCGCGACUGGUGCCGAUCCUGAUGCUGUGCGUUGGGUAAACGAGAUCAUCGUUUGGAUGUACUCGGACCCAGCGAUUCUCGACGAAUUACUCGCUGUUUGGGUCACGUCUCUCAACUCGUUCACCGCCAAGUCCGUCGACGAGAACGGCGUCGGAGUGGAAUUUGUUCGGGUUCUACCAGAGACUUAUCCACCGAAUCUCUCCAAUAUAUUCUGCGAAUGUGACUCGAAGGAUGACGUGACGAUCACGUGCGAUUGCGAAGCUACGCCUGCGUUGCAACUGAAAGCGUUCCGUCGAAAGGCGGAUAAGCUGGAAGUCAGCCACUACCGUGUCAACGUAAACCGAUUUCGCGCCCGUUUAAAUGUCAUAUCCAUCACCGAGAAACUUCUUCUGGACUUGAAAUGCGACGGUUGGCCAGAGGUGAAAGUGUCGUUGGCUCCGGUGGGCACGAUAAAGAAGGACCUCGACGAAAGUCACUUGCAGGAUGUUGUGACGGAGAUUGUGGUGGGUGCGUUGAGGGGGACCAGUGUUCAUUUGAAUCUCUUUCAAUAUCCGAGUUGCCCGCGUUUAUGGAGGGAACAGGCGACGAACCAGCCUGGCUUCUCGUUGCCAAUGCACUACGACAGCAUGAGUACGUCCAGCGGUUCGCAGCAACCACCACGCCAACAAAUGCGAACGCAGAGUCCAACUCCGGUACAGACACAGUACAUGACCGGUGAGAAACGAUUGCUGGUGAAAGUGGUCAGAGCUACGGAACUGGGCGGCGAACAAGGUGCCGUGGAACCGUAUUGCGUGGUCGAGCUCGAUGAACCCUCGCAAAAGAAUCAGACCUCUGUCAAAAAGGACACACGGAAUCCACUGUGGGACGAAGCGUUCUUGUUCGACGUGACUCGUAACACCACCGAGGUAUUAUUGGAGGUAUACGAUCGCGUGAACAAGACGCAACGUUUCCUGGGCUUGGGAAUCGUCGGGGUCGACGAGCUUCUCGCUAAUCCCAGUCAGAGGCAGAUCAUACCACUUCAAGGCCGACCGUACGAGGAAGACGAUAUCACCGGCACCCUGACCGUCGAGUUUCUGUUCAUCGAGGGUGCAGAGGUGCCUCAGAUUGGGAGCAAACCUUACAAGGUGAAGGAGACGAUAAAGCCGGUGUCACCGACUGCUCCUCGUACCUACAAUCCGACAAAUCUCAUCAGCGACAAUAGUCUAAAUUACAACAAUGGUAACAGCACACUUAUCUUGUACGACUCUACCGUUCAGUCCGAAGGGGAUUACCUGACCAAUGGGAACGCAGUGGAUUCGCCCUACAGAACCGGUCAGUCCAAUGGUAACAAGGGGACACUAAUCGUGCACAGCCAACAGAGGUACCUGGAGCGGCAAGUAGUUAAGGUCGCCCUGACAGAGAGCGGCAGCUGGCAAGAAAUAUCCCCGGAGCAUGGACCGAAAGACACCAGCCUGACAUCGGGACCAGAAAGCACACCAAACUCCUCCAAUUCCGAAGAAAGAGGGAGGACUCGAAGAAAACGACGGGACUUCUUCGGGACCAUAAAGAAACGACUGACACGAUCGAAAACGAGAAGCAGAUCUGUCGGGCCGGAAGGUGACGCGAAUCACGAGGAUGCCCACUCUAGAUCUAUAUCCGCGGACAGGGCACGUGAUCCUGGAUCUGCUCGUUUAUCGAUACCAGGAAGAGAAGAACACUCGCGACGGUCCAGUCUGAGCGAGGCGUCCGGUAUAAGCGGAGCGUCGACCAGAACGUACAUAAACGAGGCUUCCACGUUGGUUCUCGAGACAGUCGAGAAUGGCAUCAAAAAGCACUAUUUGGUGCCGUUGUCGCUCGCACAGAAGAGCAAAUGGAGGAAAAAAGGCACGAAGCUGCACAUAUUCAACGAUCACACCUUCAUCGCGAAACACAUGGCAGGUUUUAGUGGGACCGUGUGCGAAGUCUGCAAACGAACGCUCGCGAGACGUUUGGGUAAGCAGGGCUACGAGUGCAGGGACUGUCAGAUGAAGUGCCACAAACACUGUCACGUGAAAGUGGACACGACCUGUCCUACGUCGACCAUUCAGAGCAUCGAACUAACAUACAUAAAGGUUCCACAACUAGAUCGAAAACCAUCCAGCCAUCAUCUCUGCUGACCGAAACGAGAACCGACCGUGUUCGUAAAACGGCGGCAGCGUUCCCCAGCCGAUCCAGCAAGCGUCUGCAACGAGCGAAUCAUUUUACCCCGGAAAAAGUAUAUUGUUCGAAUCGCUUCGUUGAUAAUCAUUCGUAAUACACACAUAUACAUAUAUAAAAGAAAGGCAAAAAAUCGCGCUUCAACGUACGAAA